AUGGCGCCACACGCAGAACUAGACAACGGCACUGCGUACGGGGAAGGACCAGCCGCUAACCUAAACAUCAACCUAUCUACCAGCCGAGACGACGACUUCGUCGUGAACUCUCCCAACGUAACUUACACUAACGAUGAGAUCCGCUCCAAGUACACUUAUCGCACCACGAGUGUGACCAAGGGCGCCGACGGCAAGUAUGUGGCCACGCCCAAGGAAACGCUCUACGACUUCAAAGUCGACCGUAAAAUUCCCAAGACGGGAAUGAUGUUGGUCGGAUGGGGUGGCAACAAUGGCACCACUGUGACCGCCGGCAUCAUUGCCAACCGUAGAGGCCUGGCCUGGGAGACUCGCGAGGGGCUUCGUACUGCCAACUACUACGGCUCUGUCCUCAUGGGCUCUACCGUGAAGCUCGGUACCGAUGCUCAAACCAACCAAGACAUCAAUAUUCCUUUCCAUAAUGUCCUGCCCAUUGUUCACCCCAAUGACCUCGUUAUUGGCGGAUGGGACAUCAGUAGUAUGGAUCUUGCUGCAGCCAUGGAUCGCGCUGCCGUACUUGAACCUACUCUCAAGUCUCUGGUCAAGAAAGAAAUGGGCCAAAUGGUCCCUCUCCCGAGCAUAUAUUAUCCUGACUUCAUUGCAGCCAACCAAGAGGACCGGGCUGAUAACAUACUCCCUGGAAACAAGGCUUGCAUGGCCCAUGUGGAAAAAAUCCGCCAGGAUAUUCGUGACUUCAAGGAGCAAAACAAACUUGAAAAGGUUAUCGUCCAGUGGACUGCAAACACGGAACGAUAUGCCGACAUCCUGCCUGGGGUAAACGAUACUGCGGAGAACUUACUGAAGGCUAUCGAGAAUGGCCACGAGGAGGUAUCUCCCUCGACUGUCUUUGCCGUAGCUUGCAUCCUCGAAAAUGCUCCAUUCAUCAACGGUUCCCCCCAGAACACCUUCGUCCCAGGUGCCAUUGAGCUCGCCUCGAAGCACAAUGCCUUCAUCGGCGGCGACGACUUCAAGUCCGGACAGACCAAGAUGAAAUCAGCACUAGUCGACUUCCUGAUCAACGCAGGCAUCAAGCUUACCUCCAUCGCGAGCUACAACCACCUCGGCAAUAACGACGGCAAGAACCUGAGCUCCCAGAAACAAUUCCGCUCAAAGGAGAUUUCCAAAUCCAAUGUUGUCGACGAUAUGGUCGAGGCCAACACUGUACUGUACAGCAAAGGCGAACACCCCGAUCACACCGUCGUUAUUAAGUACAUGCCCGCCGUCGGCGACAACAAGCGGGCCCUCGAUGAAUACUACGCCGAGAUUUUCCUCGGCGGCCACCAGACGAUUUCUCUCUUCAACGUCUGCGAAGACUCCCUCCUAGCUUCUCCCCUUAUCAUCGAUCUCGUGCUCGUCACAGAGAUCAUGACGCGCAUCCAAUGGCGCGCGCACAGCGACGACGACUUCAAAGGUUUCCACAGUGUCCUGAGCAUCCUAUCAUACAUGCUCAAGGCGCCUCUUACACCACCUGGCACCCCCGUCGUCAACGCCCUUGCCAAGCAACGUGCCGCGCUGACGAAUAUCUUCCGCGCUUGUGUCGGACUGGAGCCGGAGUCGGACAUGACGCUCGAGCAUAAGUUGUUCUAG